AUGCAUUUGUUGUUUGUUAUUCGUUGUGCUUUUAUACUGUUGUUAUCUGUUGUCAGCAAUAAUAAUGCAUCUUAUUCUUCAUCGGAUACUAAUUAUGCGCUUCAUUCAACAAAUGGUACAAUUAUAACGGCGGUUUCAAAAUCUUUCAAUGAAUCUGAAUUAACAGAAAAAUCUCAUGAAAAUAUUAUCAAGAAACUCCCAGGAAAAUCACACGAUAAUCAUCACCUUCAUAAAAUAAUCAAGCGUAAAACACCGAGUCUUUUUCAACGAUACGCCUAUGGUCUCAUUGCUGUAUUUAUUGUAUCUGCUUUGUCACUAGUUGGCGUCUUAGCUCUUCCAAUUCUUUAUAAAGUAUCUUUCAAAUAUGUACUAAAUUUAUUUACUGCUAUUGCUACUGGAACACUAUUAGGAGACGCAAUGUUCCAUCUAAUACCAUUCAUAUUUGAUCGUCAUAAUCAUAAUGACCAUGAUCAUAAUCAGUUAACGUUUUCGAUUCCAAGUUAUCAACUGAAAAUUUUAUUGGCUGUGCUUACUCUCUACAUAUUUUAUUUAUUAGAAGUAUUUCUUCAUUGGUUUGCUCAUUAUAAACAUGAUAAUGAUUCGCCUCAUUCACAUUCACAUUCACAUGGUCAUCCAAAUACAAAUAAUGAACAUUGCCAUUAUGCACUAGUUGACAUCGAUGCUGAUAUAGAACAUAGUCAUCUUCAUCAUAAUCAUACGCAUCAUAAUUUGCAUCAACAUUUAAAUUCGCCGUCAAUAUAUUCCAAUGCAAAAAGUUUCUUUAACAAUAAUAAUAAUAAUAAUAAUAAUAAUAGUCCACCAUGUACUCCUUCAAACGAACCCAACAUUAUGACAAAUCAAUUUAUCGACAGUAAUUCAAAAGACAAACCAUCAAAUGAUCAAUCUGAACAAGUAUCUCUAACAACAGAGAAGAUGUUUACUUCACAGUUUAGCAAUCAAAUAGAUUCGAUUCAUCCAAUUAUACAACAACUAAAAACAAUUAAAUCUACUGGUUGGAUGGUGUUGUUUGGUGAUAGUAUACAUAAUUUUGCUGAUGGUCUUGCUAUUGGUGCCGCAUUUAGUGAAGAUUUGGUGUUAGGUGUUACAACAACGAUUGCUGUUGCCUGCCAUGAAUUACCGCAUGAACUUGGAGACUAUGCGGUUUUACUUCAAUCUGGAUUUUCACAUUCUCGAGCAUUAUUAUGGAAUUUUCUUUCAGCAACAACUGCUAUUAUUGGAUUUCUAAUUGGUUCGAUUAUGUCAGAUAAUGAAAGUGCGCGUCAAUGGAUAUUUUCAGCAACUAUUGGCAUGUUUCUAUACAUUGCAUUAGCUGAUUUGUUACCAACAUUAUUGGCCGAUGGAGAAGUUAAACUGAAACGUUUUCUUGUUGUUAAUAUUGGUUUUCUAUUUGGUAUUACUAUAAUGUUUCUUUUAGCAAUAUUUGAAGAUAAAAUGAUUCGAACGUCAACUCAAUAA